UUGGUGUUUUUGAAAUAAAACGUAUGGUUCAAGUAGAAAAAUUUUAAAUUAGUUUGAAUACCAAUUUAAUAUGAAUGUGAGUGUAUAUUAUUAUUACCGGAAUAGUUUUCACAAUGGAUCACACUGACAAAAAAAAUAGACAAUUUGAAGCAACUUUUGUAGUGAUAGGUGGUGGUAUAGCUGGUAUUAGUUGUGUUGAAACAUUGAAAUUGUACACUACAGAGUCCGUGCUUUUAAUUUCGGAGUCUCCAACAGUUAAAGUGGUUACUGAUGUAAAAUUCUACACAAAAAUAGCAGCUGGUUUCAAUGUUGAAGAUCAAAACCUUCAUUGCUUCAAGAAUACAGAAUACAUAAUAGACAAAAUAAUAGCAAUCAACUCAACAGAACAAACUAUUGAAACUCUAAACGGUCGUGAGAUUAAGUAUAAAAAAUUAUGUCUGUGCACAGGUGCUGUUCCAAAGUUAUUGGCUGAUAAGGAUUAUGUUAUUGGAUUGCGUGAUACGCACUCCGUUGAGUAUUUUCAAAAAGUCCUUGGUCGAGCCAAGAGAGUAUUGAUUGUUGGUAAUGGUGGCAUUGCCACUGAUUUGGUGCACAAGUUGAAUGAUAUAGAAAUUAUUUGGAUUAUAAGAGAUGAACAUAUAAGUUCACAUUUUCUGGACGCUGGAGCUGCAGAAUUUUUUGGUAACUAUUUAAAUAUUCUACAAACGAGUGACAAAAUAAUGAAAAGAUUUAGGUAUCGAGGAGAAACUAGUUCUGGAGCUGCACUAGGCCCUGACUGGCAUUGCGGUGCAAUGUUUGGAAACAGUGACAGAAAGAAUGUUGUUAUCGAAUACAAGACUGAAAUAAAAAACAUUUCUAAAAAUUCCCUGGACAAUGACCUGGUAAAAGUAGAGUUAGAAAAUGGCAAAAUAUACGAAUGUGAUUUCAUUGUAUCAGCUACUGGAGUGAUACCUAACAACACUUUUGAAAUUAAAGAUGGUCAAUAUUUUGACAUUGCCAACGAUGGUGGUAUUAAAGUCGAUUGGAAAAUGGAAACAAAUUUGUCCAAUAUUUAUGCAGCUGGUGAUGUGUGUACUGUUAACUGGACUUCAAAACAUUGGUUUCAAAUGAGGCUCUGGACUCAAGCGAGACAAAUGGGGAUGUAUGCUGCCAAGUGCAUGCAUUCUAUGUAUGCAAAUGAAAAAUUAUUACAAGAUUUUUGUUUUGAACUGUUUACACAUGUAACUUCAUUUUUUGGAUUUAAAGUCAUAUUAUUAGGUUUAUUUAAUGCUCAAGGACUAGACAAAAAACAUUGUGAGCUAUUAGUCCGUGUAACAGAAGGUCAAGAAUAUGUUAAAUUAGUAAUAUCAAAUGGAAGAGUUGUGGGAGCUAUGCUAAUUGGCGAUUCUGAUCUUGAAGAAAUGUGUGAAAACCUAAUAUUGAACCAAAUUGAUGUAACUAAUUUAAUGGACGAUUUGUUGGAUCCUAACAUUGAUAUAGAAGACUAUUUUGAUUAGAGUCAAAAUUAUUUAUUUGAAUUUAAAAAAAUACAUAAUAUAUUUACAAGUGAACAAU